CCUUGUAGAAGAAACUAGACAACACAAAAAUGGUUGCAAUUCAUGAAUAAAACUAACACCUGCCCCUCAUCAAAGCCCUUGUCCAAGCCAAAUGGAUUUACAAGUGAGGCCGGUAGACCAGCUUAAAGACACUGUCGAUUUGGCACAUUCGGAGCAAAGCAAUAAAAAAGGGGAUAAAGCUGUUGACUACUGGAUCAAGGCUAAAGCUCUGGCUCGUAUUGUACAUGGUGGGAAUCAUUGGUUUUAUGCAUUUUGUUGUAUUAAAACUGGGCAAUGCUAUCUGGAAUUAUUACGAUUGCCAGAACAAUCCUUGCAACAUAUACAAGAGGGGAAAGAAAUUCUAGAAUCAUUAUCAUCUACUUUAGGAGAUGAUUCAAAUUGUCUUCACUCUUUGUCAUUAGCCACUUGUAUUCUUGGUCAAAUCCUGACUCUUAAUGGACGGUUAACUGAUGCUGAAAAGUGUUUGUCAAAAUCGGAAAAUUACUUCACCCGUUAUCGAUUAAGUUGUCAAGACGAUCCAGAUUUAGACAUGAAGAUAACUACUUCUUUAGGAAGAUUAUGUACUAAACAAAAAAACUUCGAUUUGGCUGAAGGUUAUUUUGAAAAGGCAUUGGAUUUAUAUAAGAUACUACCAGUUAAAGAUUUUCAUGACGAAACACUUCUUUUAAUGGAUUUUGCAGAAGUUAAAUAUCUACAAGGGAAUUACGAUUUAUCAAUUUCAAGACUACAAGAAGCUGAAAAAUUAGCAUCAGAAUGCUUUGGUCAAGUGUCGGAGGAAAAAGCUGAUGUUAUGAAUAAAUUGGCUAAAGUUUAUUUUACAAUGUAUGGAUUAGAAACUAAUGACGUUGAUGACACUGCUGUAAAAUUAGAAGAUACACUAUGGGGUGCAUAUAAUAUUUAUGUUCUAGUAAAAAGUUCUUCACAUCAUAAAGCCAUUUUAGUACAGGAAGAAUUGGUCAAAUUAUUGGUAAUGCAGUCACGAUUUGAGGAAGCAAUAAAACAUUUGAAAGAGUUAAUUGUUAACCAAUCAGUUCUGUAUGGGGAAGGCAGUGUGAAGGUAUCACGUACAAGAAAGACAUUAGCUUCUGUGUAUCUUCAGGUUGGCCAUAUUGAAAAGGGUUCGGAACAAUUAAAAUUGGCCCAAGAAGUCUUUAUGGCAGUAUAUGGGCCAAAUAACAGUGAAACAACAGAAAUAUCAACCACCUUAAAGGCACUCACAGGAUCAAUAGAAGGAAAAAAGACCAUAUCAAAGAAACCUCCAUUUAAAUGUGCAUUUUAAACUAAAAUUUAUUAUAGCAAUAUUAAAGUUAUAUGAAAA